AUGGAAGUUCACAUCGAAACAGAUCAUAAGCCUCUUGUGCCCAUUAUGAUGUCUAAACCAUUAGAUAAUUUAACUCCUAGGCUCCAGCGUAUGAAGUUACGAAUGAUGCGGUACUCUUAUACCAUCAAGUACACUCCAGGAAAAAAACUCAUCAUUGCAGAUACGUUGUCUCGGAGUCCCUUACCAGAAAAAAGAAAGGAAGAAUUAAGUAAAGAAAUAACUGCUUAUGUGCAAAUGGGUGUUGAAAAUUUUCUAUCAUCAGAUGCCAGAUUGGCAGAAAUAUGGUCUUUACAGAAAGAUGAUCCGGUCCGCAAGCUCCUGAUUAAAUUUUCUAUAGAUGGUUGGCCUGACAAGAACGAAGUACCUGAAGAAUGUCUAAAAUACUGGGCAUAUCGUCAUUCAAUCUCUGUUCAAGAUGAUUUGCUGAUGAAAGAUUCUAGAAUUAUUAUAUCUUCAAAACUGCGUGAAGAAAUUCUAAACAGGAUACACGAUGGUCAUCUUAGAAUAACAAAAUACAGAGCCAGAGCUCACGAGUCUGUUUGGUGGCCAGGUUUAUCAGCAGAAAUUCAGAAUCUCGUCUCAAAAUGUCACAAGUGUAUUCAACAUCAAAGAUAUUUCAAAGAACCCCUGCUUCCAUCAGCAUUUCCAAAUAGACCUUGGCAAACGGUUGGAGCUGAUCUUCUCAAAGUAAGUGGUAAUUGGUAUCUUAUUAUGGCAGAUUACUACUCCAGAUAUAUUGAAGUGGCAAAUUUAGAUAGCCUUUCUUCUGAAGCAUUCAUUAACCACAUAAAGUCCAUAUUUGAUCGCCACGGGAUUCCAGAAGUGGUGAGAAGUGAUAAUGGCCCUCAGUUUUCCCAUGCAGUAAUAGAUUUUAAGUAUCGGAAAUUUGCCAAUCAAUAUAAGUUUUCUAUUGUAACAUCUAGUCCCAAGCAUGCUCAAAGUAAUGGUUUCAUUGAAUCUAUGGUGAAAAGCUUCAAGUUACACUUCAUAAAAGCUGAAAAAGAUGAUCCUUAUUUUAUGCUGCUUGCACUAAGAGCCAUGGCACUCGAAAAUGGGCAUAGUCCAGCUGAGCUUCUAAUGGGAAGAUGUUUGCGGACACCGAUUCCUACACUAAGCGUGAAGCUUAAACCCAGAGCAUUGGAUGAGGAAUCCUUGCUUAAAAAAGAAGAAGAAAGAAUUUCGAUGCAGAAAUUUUACUUCGAUCGACAACAUCAAGUUGGACAACUUCCACAACUGAACAUAGGCGAACAAGUGUGGGUGUCUGACAUGCGGACAUACGGGAAGAUAAAAGCGGCUCACCAGGCUCCCAGAUCAUAUAUAAUCGAGACUCCGCGAGGGGUUCUUCGAAGGAACCGCAGGUACCUCCAUCCCUCACCGGUGCCAAAAUCGUUCUCCUGGGAUAGUGAAGACACCCCUAUGAACAAGGACAGUGCUCCUGACUCUACAGUGGGGUAUGGCAGCUCCCAAGAAAAAGAUUCCACCAGUAAUCCAGUGGCCAUCACCCAUCCUCCUAGUGGUGUUCCUGACAUUAUACCAUAUAAGACUCGGAGCGAAGGACCACAACAAGAAGAGAGAAAAAAAAUGCUCCAUUACGCGAAGGAAGUCGCCGCAACCAAAGUGUAUUUAGAUACUCCGGAGUGGGUUUCGUCACCCCCGUGGACAUUGGCAUUUUCACAGAUCGAGUCAUUAGUCGGCACCGAUGAAAGCAUCUGCUCUUCUCGGAGCACUACUACUGUGCAAAAAAGACUGCCGAACGUGGAGCCGGUAUUUUCUAUUGGAACUUACACAAGGAUUUCAUUAAAUGGUGGAUCAUCGCCUGGUGCAUUUUCUGUUGAUUGUUCUUCACCAAAGUCUGCUUUUUCCACUUCAGGUUCCCGGAAAGCAUCAUCCGCAUCUUAG